GUCACGGUAUCAUCCGUCUCAGUAUCCCGUCAGCGAGUAGUAAGUCUCAAGCCAGUGAACUGACCCAGUUUGUCGACUGUUAUGCCCACCUGGGUGAAACGAUCUGCAAAGAUGAUGCUGUCGUCGUGCGCGCAUGGUCCGCCAUUACACAUAUUCGUUGGUUUCAUCAUAAUUUGUAUUGGGGGAUGUGCAUCCACCGCGAAAACGGGAACGACGUAUGUUGCCCGCUGGCGUCAUGUUUCAUCUUGUCCUGCGAGUAUGAACCACGCAGCCAUGCUGCUUAACUACUCAGUGCUUCUAGACAGAAAAGGGGACGAACUUCUCACCGCAACGUUUCGCUGCACACGAGAUGCACAGAGUUUCACCAGCAUGACUGGGAUCAUCCGUCGGUGCAGAGGUGCUGCAGAACAAUGCGAGCAUUUUUCAAGAAUUGAAUGGAAGCAUGAUAUUUGCCCGAUGUUGCCCGUUAAAAAUGCUAUUUGGUCGUCGAUUGUUGAACAAUGGGAGCCCCGAAUGAUAUGCCCUUUUAAAAAGGAAAUAUAUACAGGAAGAAACAUGUCGUUCGACUACGAUUUCAUUUCAUCCGCUCUUGGCGUCCCGAAUGCAGCUGGUAUUUGGGGCUUAAAAGCUUUUUUACGUGAUGAAUAUGGUCUUGUUCACGUUUGCUUUGAUAUUUAUAUAGAAUUAAUUAAAAUAAGACGAAAACAUUAUUCCUUGAUCUUUUUAACAGUCGAUUUUUAA